GGGAUUCGGGAAGAGAGUGAAUCGUUGCAGUUUGAACCAUCAACGUCGUCCUCUAUCCACUGCGCGUUGGAAGAACUUCCGGAACAACAACGGGAACAUAUUGCCGAAGUCCCGCCAUGUGCCUGUGGCCUUGCUACUCGAGAAUUGUCUACAAAAUUGGCUCGUGAUAAAGGAGAGUUCUUCGACGAGCAGAGGAGUCUCGACGGGCUGCCAGAGUUGUGGUCGAAGGUCGUCAUUUGUCGCGUUAUGGGCGAAUUCGGAAGUCAAAGCUGGAUCCGGAACGUCGAUUCAGUGUUGAAGAGAUCUUCCGAGGACAGUUUGGAGCGUCCCGAUCUCGUACAAAUGGACUCUAUACCAGAAGGUCACUUCGUCUUUUUUGCAGAUCCACCAAAAAACCAUCAUCUUGAAUACAAUUGCAGAUUGCACAGUUUCGAUUUAGCGGAUCUACGCUCUCAUUCAAAGUGCCUUUUUUACGACAAUAUGGUAUGGAGGGCAGCCGAGGUAGCUGAAAAUUCUUUGGAACUACCGACGUUGUGCUUAAAUUCAUCUAAUAGCCUCAAUAUGAAUGUUUUCAAAACUGCUGAAUGGUCUCAGACAACCUUGAAGAACCGAAUAGAAACGUUUGGGAGACGCUUGUCAAAAUGGUUUGAUACACUGGACUACGACGGCGAUUUUAUGAAUAUUCAAUGGGUCUCAGUUGCAAUCAGCAGCACUUACUCAUCAUUUGAAUAUCCAUCUGAAUUGGAAGAAACUCUAGAAUAUGCCGAACCAUACGAAGCCCACAUCCAAGUUCCGGACCUUUCCGAUUUGGAAGUGAUCGCUACCCCUGCUGACGGUGUCUACUCUGUAGAACGCGAACCAUUGUCUGAAGACAAAUCUGUCUCUGAAUUCAUACAUCCACACGAAACCUAUCAUGUGGUGCCGGACCUUUCGUGGUUAGAAACCCUGGUCGCCACAGGUGUCGAUGCUAAAGAAUCUGCACCGCCAGAUGCUCAGCAAAAAGCAGCAGAUCAACGAGACCUAAGGAGCAUAGAAUUGGAAGGGUUACGUGAAGGCAUCGAACAGAUCACAAAAUAUGAACCUGAACCACUAGAAGACUUCGCUUUGUCAUCUAUUUCUCGGCAGCUGCCUUACUUUACCGAGUCAUCUUCUGCAAUGGUGGGCUAUGCUUCCGCUACACACCAGGAUAAGUCCUACGAAGCAUACUUCGGAGAGGAAGGUGAUCCUAGCCAAAAAAUUUCAAGGGACGUGGAAGCACCACACCCAGAACAACAAAACACACGGAAGGAAAAUGAAGAGCACGAUUACUGGGACUCUGAUUACAGAUCAGUAGUGCAGCAGAUGGGGAGCCCUCAUGCAUUUAAUCAAAACGAAACGGAAAAUCUAGAAAGCCAAUAUUAUUCAACAGACAUCAACAUCUCCUCCGAAGUGACCCAAGAAGAGCUGGACCACAUCGCGUACAUUCAAAGACUGGCAGAGGAGACAUCAGUCGCACCACCUCCUCGCCCAGCCCCUCCAGACUUGAGAAAGGACUCGUUCGCAAAGGAAGAAUCAAGAGAUGAGUCCGAAGCCACAUCAGGUGCUGACCAAGUCGAGGCGUCUGAUGCUGGCUCGCCGGUUCCUUUAUAUGAGCGAACUUCACCAUUGUUGGAGGAAGAAGAGAAACCUGUUACGACAACAUCAUUCGAUCAAGUAGACCAUGACGAAGCAGUUCAGCCAGGAUUACCAUCCAGACCACCACUGCCGUCAUGGGCGACGGAUGAGGACGAAAUCGCCGUCAAGGCAGCAGAGAUACCAUCCGAGCCGAUGCUGACCCAAGAAGAGCUGGACCACAUCGCGUACAUUCAAAGACUGGCAGAGGAGACAUCAGUCGCACCACCUCCUCGCCCAGCCCCUCCAGACUUGAGAAAGGACUCGUUCGCAAAGGAAGAAUCAAGAGAUGAGUCCGAAGCCACAUCAGGUGCUGACCAAGUCGAGGCGUCUGAUGCUGGCUCGCCGGUUCCUUUAUAUGAGCGAACUUCACCAUUGUUGGAGGAAGAAGAGAAACCUGUUACGACAACAUCAUUCGAUCAAGUAGACCAUGACGAAGCAGUUCAGCCAGGAUUACCAUCCAGACCACCACUGCCGUCAUGGGCGACGGAUGAGGACGAAAUCGCCGUCAAGGCAGCAGAGAUACCAUCCGAGCCGAUGCUGACCCAAGAAGAGCUGGACCACAUCGCGUACAUUCAAAGACUGGCAGAGGAGACAUCAGUCGCACCACCUCCUCGCCCAGCCCCUCCAGACUUGAGAAAGGACUCGUUCGCAAAGGAAGAAUCAAGAGAUGAGUCCGAAGCCACAUCAGGUGCUGACCAAGUCGAGGCGUCUGAUGCUGGCUCGCCGGUUCCUUUAUAUGAGCGAACUUCACCAUUGUUGGAGGAAGAAGAGAAACCUGUUACGACAACAUCAUUCGAUCAAGUAGACCAUGACGAAGCAGUUCAGCCAGGAUUACCAUCCAGACCACCACUGCCGUCAUGGGCGACGGAUGAGGACGAAAUCGCCGUCAAGGCAGCAGAGAUACCAUCCGAGCCGAUGCUGACCCAAGAAGAGCUGGACCACAUCGCGUACAUUCAAAGACUGGCAGAGGAGACAUCAGUCGCACCACCUCCUCGCCCAGCCCCUCCAUCAGUAGACUUGAGAAAGGACUCGUUCGCAAAGGAAGAAUCAAGAGAUGAGUCCGAAGCCACAUCAGGUGCUGACCAAGUCGAGGCGUCUGAUGCUGGCUCGCCGGUUCCUUUAUAUGAGCGAACUUCACCAUUGUUGGAGGAAGAAGAGAAACCUGUUACGACAACAUCAUUCGAUCAAGUAGACCAUGACGAAGCAGUUCAGCCAGGAUUACCAUCCAGACCACCACUGCCGUCAUGGGCGACGGAUGAGGACGAAAUCGCCGUCAAGGCAGCAGAGAUACCAUCCGAGCCGAUGCUGACCCAAGAAGAGCUGGACCACAUCGCGUACAUUCAAAGACUGGCAGAGGAGACAUCAGUCGCCCACCUCCUCGCCCAGCCCCUCUCAGUAGACUUGAGAAAGGACUCGUUCGCAAAGGAAGAAUCAAGAGAUGAGUCCGAAGCCACAUCAGGUGCUGACCAAGUCGAGGCGUCUGAUGCUGGCUCGCCGGUUCCUUUAUAUGAGCGAACUUCACCAUUGUUGGAGGAAGAAGAGAAACCUGUUACGACAACAUCAUUCGAUCAAGUAGACCAUGACGAAGCAGUUCAGCCAGGAUUACCAUCCAGACCACCACUGCCGUCAUGGGCGACGGAUGAGGACGAAAUCGCCGUCAAGGCAGCAGAGAUACCAUCCGAGCCGAUGCUGACCCAAGAAGAGCUGGACCACAUCGCGUACAUUCAAAGACUGGCAGAGGAGACAUCAGUCGCACCACCUCCUCGCCCAGCCCCUCCAGACUUGAGAAAGGACUCGUUCGCAAAGGAAGAAUCAAGAGAUGAGUCCGAAGCCACAUCAGGUGCUGACCAAGUCGAGGCGUCUGAUGCUGGCUCGCCGGUUCCUUUAUAUGAGCGAACUUCACCAUUGUUGGAGGAAGAAGAGAAACCUGUUACGACAACAUCAUUCGUGCCAUCCGAGCCGAUGCUGACCCAAGAAGAGCUGGACCACAUCGCGUACAUUCAAAGACUGGCAGAGGAGACAUCAGUCGCACCACCUCCUCGCCCAGCCCCUCCAUCAGUAGACUUGAGAAAGGACUCGUUCGCAAAGGAAGAAUCAAGAGAUGAGUCCGAAGCCACAUCAGGUGCUGACCAAGUCGAGGCGUCUGAUGCUGGCUCGCCGGUUCCUUUAUAUGAGCGAACUUCACCAUUGUUGGAGGAAGAAGAGAAACCUGUUACGACAACAUCAUUCGAUCAAGUAGACCAUGACGAAGCAGUUCAGCCAGGAUUACCAUCCAGACCACCACUGCCGUCAUGGGCGACGGAUGAGGACGAAAUCGCCGUCAAGGCAGCAGAGAUACCAUCCGAGCCGAUGCUGACCCAAGAAGAGCUGGACCACAUCGCGUACAUUCAAAGACUGGCAGAGGAGACAUCAGUCGCACCACCUCCUCGCCCAGCCCCUCCAGACUUGAGAAAGGACUCGUUCGCAAAGGAAGAAUCAAGAGAUGAGUCCGAAGCCACAUCAGGUGCUGACCAAGUCGAGGCGUCUGAUGCUGGCUCGCCGGUUCCUUUAUAUGAGCGAACUUCACCAUUGUUGGAGGAAGAAGAGAAACCUGUUACGACAACAUCAUUCGUGCCAUCCGAGCCGAUGCUGACCCAAGAAGAGCUGGACCACAUCGCGUACAUUCAAAGACUGGCAGAGGAGACAUCAGUCGCACCACCUCCUCGCCCAGCCCCUCCAUCAGUAGACUUGAGAAAGGACUCGUUCGCAAAGGAAGAAUCAAGAGAUGAGUCCGAAGCCACAUCAGGUGCUGACCAAGUCGAGGCGUCUGAUGCUGGCUCGCCGGUUCCUUUAUAUGAGCGAACUUCACCAUUGUUGGAGGAAGAAGAGAAACCUGUUACGACAACAUCAUUCGAUCAAGUAGACCAUGACGAAGCAGUUCAGCCAGGAUUACCAUCCAGACCACCACUGCCGUCAUGGGCGACGGAUGAGGACGAAAUCGCCGUCAAGGCAGCAGAGAUACCAUCCGAGCCGAUGCUGACCCAAGAAGAGCUGGACCACAUCGCGUACAUUCAAAGACUGGCAGAGGAGACAUCAGUCGCACCACCUCCUCGCCCAGCCCCUCCAGACUUGAGAAAGGACUCGUUCGCAAAGGAAGAAUCAAGAGAUGAGUCCGAAGCCACAUCAGGUGCUGACCAAGUCGAGGCGUCUGAUGCUGGCUCGCCGGUUCCUUUAUAUGAGCGAACUUCACCAUUGUUGGAGGAAGAAGAGAAACCUGUUACGACAACAUCAUUCGAUCAAGUAGACCAUGACGAAGCAGUUCAGCCAGGAUUACCAUCCAGACCACCACUGCCGUCAUGGGCGACGGAUGAGGACGAAAUCGCCGUCAAGGCAGCAGAGAUACCAUCCGAGCCGAUGCUGACCCAAGAAGAGCUGGACCACAUCGCGUACAUUCAAAGACUGGCAGAGGAGACAUCAGUCGCACCACCUCCUCGCCCAGCCCCUCCAGACUUGAGAAAGGACUCGUUCGCAAAGGAAGAAUCAAGAGAUGAGUCCGAAGCCACAUCAGGUGCUGACCAAGUCGAGGCGUCUGAUGCUGGCUCGCCGGUUCCUUUAUAUGAGCGAACUUCACCAUUGUUGGAGGAAGAAGAGAAACCUGUUACGACAACAUCAUUCGAUCAAGUAGACCAUGACGAAGCAGUUCAGCCAGGAUUACCAUCCAGACCACCACUGCCGUCAUGGGCGACGGAUGAGGACGAAAUCGCCGUCAAGGCAGCAGAGAUACCAUCCGAGCCGAUGCUGACCCAAGAAGAGCUGGACCACAUCGCGUACAUUCAAAGACUGGCAGAGGAGACAUCAGUCGCACCACCUCCUCGCCCAGCCCCUCCAGACUUGAGAAAGGACUCGUUCGCAAAGGAAGAAUCAAGAGAUGAGUCCGAAGCCACAUCAGGUGCUGACCAAGUCGAGGCGUCUGAUGCUGGCUCGCCGGUUCCUUUAUAUGAGCGAACUUCACCAUUGUUGGAGGAAGAAGAGAAACCUGUUACGACAACAUCAUUCGUGCCAUCCGAGCCGAUGCUGACCCAAGAAGAGCUGGACCACAUCGCGUACAUUCAAAGACUGGCAGAGGAGACAUCAGUCGCACCACCUCCUCGCCCAGCCCCUCCAUCAGACUUGAGAAAGGACUCGUUCGCAAAGGAAGAAUCAAGAGAUGAGUCCGAAGCCACAUCAGGUGCUGACCAAGUCGAGGCGUCUGAUGCUGGCUCGCCGGUUCCUUUAUAUGAGCGAACUUCACCAUUGUUGGAGGAAGAAGAGAAACCUGUUACGACAACAUCAUUCGUGCCAUCCGAGCCGAUGCUGACCCAAGAAGAGCUGGACCACAUCGCGUACAUUCAAAGACUGGCAGAGGAGACAUCAGUCGCACCACCUCCUCGCCCAGCCCCUCCAUCAGUACUUGAGAAAGGACUCGUUCGCAAAGGAAGAAUCAAGAGAUGA